UCUGCUUUUAUAUCGAUCCUCUCUCCUUCUUCCUCGCUCCCUCGCCUGUCUCUCUGUCUCGGCUCAAAGACCAUGAUUCAACUUGAAAGCUUCAAUCUUCUCUGAUUCCUGCUCCGACAUUGUAAUAUGGGCAGAAGCAGAGCUUUGUUAGAAGUGAAAGGAGCAACCUUUUUGUCUCCCUCACAAACCCCGCCGCCACCAUACUUGAUUUCGCCUCCCAACGUUGUUGGAUCUGAAGAUUCGAAUCUAAAAGACAGCGUCAGCCCCAGCGUACUCCUCAUCAUCAUCAUCCUCGCCAUCGUUUUCUUCGUCUCUGGUUUGCUCCACCUUCUUAUUCGCUAUCUAUGGCGGCCACAAACCAGAGACCCGGACGAUUUAGACACUACUGUUCUUCAGGGACAGCUUCAGCAACUGUUCCACCUCCAUGAUUCGGGAGUCGACCAAUCCUUCAUCGACACCCUCCCUGUCUUCCCAUACAAGGCCAUCAUCGGACUCAAGAACCCUUUCGAUUGCGCCGUUUGUUUGUCGGAAUUCGAGCCGGAGGACAAGCUCCGAUUGUUGCCCAAAUGCAGCCAUGCGUUCCAUAUGGAUUGUAUCGACACUUGGCUCUUGUCUCACUCUACCUGCCCCAUUUGUCGAGCCUGCUUGCUCAAUGAUUUCUCCUCCAGCAACGGUUGUUCCCCCAUUGUUCUGGUCCUCGAAUCUGGAAGUGACAACAACUCCAGGGAGAUUGCCCCAGAGACAGACGAAAUCGGAUCCAGGUCCACCCGGUUGGACUCGAAUCCCGAUUCGCGUGAAGUGGUCACUGUGAAGCUGGGAAAGAUCAGAAAUGUGGAUAAUAACAAUGGUGAAGGUAGCAGCAGUAUUGGUGAUAAUGCGGAUGCAAGAAGGUGCUUCUCUAUGGGGUCUUUUAGUUAUGUGAUGGACGAGAGUUCUUUGCUUCAUGUACCCAUUAGAGCACAAAUAAAAAAGAAGCACGCUUUGCGAUUAACUACAGGAAACAGACUCGCAAUGUCAGAGUGUGACUUUGAAUCGAGAAGGGAUUUCAGAUUCUCAGGUUUGGAUGGGAACAGGGUUGAAGAAGAAACUGCAGAUAAUUCAGUCUCUGGGGUUGUUACCAGAAAGGAGAGUUUUUCGGUGUCCAAGAUUUGGCUUCGGGAGAAGAAAGAGAAGCGGAAUAAUGUGCUUGAGGAUUCGUCAAGGAGGGCUGUGUCGUUUAGGUUUCCAUUGCAGAUAAACGAGGAUGAUGGCGAUGCCUUGAAGGAGAGGAAUGGGAAAUUGGAAUCAAGAAGCACGAUUUCUGAGAUGGAUAUUACAAAAUGGGAGAAUGGAGGAGGGAGUAGUGAAUUUGGAUAUGAUGAUGAAAACCAGAGUUGUUACAGCGUAGAUUCGCAGGCGAUUAGGGCCCCUUCUUUUGCAAGAAGAACACUGCUUUGGCUCACAGGAAGACAGAGCAGAGUUGUUCAUUCAUCCUCUGCUUCUGGCGAUUUGUAGUUAGUUUCUUCUUUUGAGAGUUUUGAAUCAUUUUUUGCUCCUUGGAUGUUAGAAUAUUCAGUCUA